AUGGCUGUUACGGUUUCCGUGUACAACAAUCUUCCCACCCUGGAAGAGGCCGACCAUCGCUUUGUCGACCGAUCUAGGGUGCUUAGAGAUUUGAAAGACCUUUUCGCCAAAUACGACAACGUUUACGGUCUCUGCUUAGUUCAUGCACACUGCAAGCUGAACGAAGGCGAGAUCAUGCUUGCGCAAGGAAACACGACACAGCCUGAGAGCAUAGACUCGAUGGAAAACUGUCAUCCCGAGCGAUGGCUUCCUUCUGGCAAGCCGUAUGAGUUCACUACGCGGGAAACCGUUCCCCCUCCCGCAGAUCUUCUCAAAUCGUUCAACGAACUUACUUACGGUAUUGACGUUCUUGGCCUGUAUCACGUCGAUGAUAAGAACACUGGCAAGAUGAUCGAGCAUACUGAGGGACGGAAGAAUAUUCUCUCGUCUUUCGAUGAUCCUAACACCCUGCAGCCAGGAGAUUAUAUGGAGACAGCUUGGGACCUUGGAAAGGGUGAUCCUGUCACCAUGACCUGUGUUAUUUACUGUGACACCCGAUCAACACGUUCUGGGGGAACUCACAAAGGUACAAAGAGUCACGUGAAGCAGUGA